AUGAAGUUCAUCAUUGUAUUCGCUGCUCUCUUCGCCGUUGCUUUGGCUACCCCUAUCAACGAUGCAUCGAUCAUCCGUCAGGAUUCGGAUGUGCAGCCUGAAGGCUACAAGUUCGGAGUUGAAACCAGCGAUGGUACAGUAAGGGAUGAGGAUGGACAGCUGAAGGACGUCGGAACAGAACAUGAGGCCAUCGUCGUGCACGGCUCCUACUCCUGGGUGGAUGAGAAAACUGGUGAAAAAUUCACCGUGACCUAUGUUGCUGAUGAGAAUGGUUUCCAGCCACAGGGCGCCCAUAUUCCCGUUGCUUGA